GAGAGGAGGGAGACGCCGGAGGAGCCCGGGAAGGAAGUCGGCAGGCAGCCGCCAAAGCCCGCUGGGUGCUCCUCAGACAGAAAAUAACAUAAUGGAUAUUUUUGAAGAACAAUUACUUAACCUCUGCAAGUUGUGUCUCCUGGAGGUUCAUACAUUCAUCAUUUUGAUCUUGAUCAUAUAAUGGCAAAACAUUUCUUCCAAUAAGAAUGAUGACACCAAAUCUUGUAAGUGAAAAAGGAUCAUGUGUCAAGUUGAUGAAGGUUCUGAAGAAAAAACACUUGAAGAAUGUUCACCUUCCGCAAGUAUCAGUAAGGAGAUUUGCUUCAUUCAGUCUCUUCUCAGUAACAGAAGAGGAGAGAAGGGUGGCAGAUGACCAAGGAACCUGGCUUCAGUACAAAAGCAUCUAUUAUCCUGAAUACAGUAUAUCCUUGAAAUUUAACAGCGGACUAUUAAAUGUUGAAGACGUUCUGACAAGUUUUGACAACACAGGAAAUGUUUGUAUCUGGCCUUCUGAAGAGGUACUAGCUUACUACUGCCUGAAGUACCAUGAAGUGUUCAGGGGCCUUGCUGUGUGUGAGCUAGGGGGUGGCAUGACAUGCUUGGCUGGGCUUAUGGUUGCUAUUUCUGCAGAUGUCAAAGAAGUUCUGUUAACUGAUGGAAAUGAAAAGGCCAUCAAAAAUGUAAGCGAUAUAAUCAGAAGAAACCAAAAGAAGUUCAGAGCCCAAGCAGUCUCAAGCUGCAUUCUACGAUGGGAUAAUGAGACAGAUGUCUCUCAACUGGAAGGACAUUUUGACAUUGUUAUGUGUGCUGACUGCCUGUUUCUGGACCAGUACAGAGCUAGCCUUGUGGAUGCAAUAAAGAGAUUACUCCAACCCAGUGGGAAAGCGAUGAUAUUUGCUCCAAUCAGAGGGAAUACUCUGAACCACUUUUGCAAUCUAGCUGAAAAAGCUGGUUUCUCUAUCCAAAGACAUGAAAAUUAUGAUGAACACAUUUCAAACUUCCACUCCAAGUUGAAAAAAGAAGAAAAAGGCAUUUAUGACGAAAACCUCCACUACCCAUUUCUUCUUAUUUUAACCAAACAUUGAUAGAAUAUGUGGUGGAUAUGCUUUGAUUACAAAGGGCAGGGAGUGGGGGGAUAGCUAUAUGAAUGUGCCAUUUUAGGUAUUACCAAAGUGGGUAAAAGUUUUCAUUGCUUCUUCAGAAGGGAGACCACAGCUGCGUAGUACACUGGUCUUAGAACCUGCGUGUCCGUUUUCUUAAAAAGCAAGUCUGAUAAGACUUGAAGCCUUAAGCGAGCUCCAUUUCUCUCUGCUUGUGGCUGUCGUCGCACACCGAUUUUCUUCAUUUCCACAAAAAACAACAACAACAGCCUUUCCUGUUAAUAUCUGGAAAAAAGCAUAUGUUCUGUGGUUGUGCCUGACCAACCGAACUGGAUAAUUGUUGGACAGACCUGACAUCACAUCAUAUUCUAUAUAACCUCAUGAUAUAUUUUGAUUCCCCACCCUCCUUUCUCCCUCGUGCUUUUCUUGAAAUUUGCCUUAUGGGUUUUCCUCCCCCUUUCAGAGUGAAAUGCUUCAAACUUGCUUUGCUUAAUGUUUAAUCAGUUAAUGUUUUUUGACAUGAUGAUUUUUUUUAUUUUUUUCGUCCUUUCCCUGUAGAUGUAUAAGAAAUUACUGCCUCAAACCAAAGCCUCAUAAACUGACCAUUUGUCCCCUGGACACAAUGCCUUGUCCAGUCCCUCUGCUCCUCCUCUCCAAUUAUGUGUGAUUAGUCUCAGUGUGUUGUGUCAAGAAGGGGGAGUGUGCUGGGUACUUAUUAUCUGUUUAGGUACAAGAAGAGUGCUCUGGCUAUGAAUGAAAAGUGAGGCUUUAUCAGUACUGAAAUCUAACUGCAACUGUUCCACAGACCUCUUGUUAAAGACAGAUCCUUGCCUGAGAAAUUCUGAAUGCUAUAGCAGCUGCGAGGUUUCCUUUGCCUGCUCCCAAAAUAUGUUCAAACCUAACGUAAUUCACAUAUUUGGUUAACAUUUACAUUCCAGAAACAAUACCUGCCUUUCGAAGCAGAACUCAAAAUGGUCUGGGGGUUUUUUGGGGGGAGGGCAGAGUGGUGGUGGAAUUGGCACUCCCAGAAACUCACAGCCUAAUAUAUAUAUUUUUUAUGUUAUGAAACACAAAUAAUUCUUUUUUAAAAAACAAAAACAAAAAACCCACAACAACAAUCCUGGUUUUAGAAAAGAAUUCUGGCAGUCUCAAAUAUGAAUGCAGUCCAUUGUGCAAUUUAUUGAUGAAAUACAUUAAAAUAAUUACCUUUUGGUUUGCUGCUUUUCAUCUUCGGUUUAACAAACUGAGUUGUACACAAAAGUCCUGUUCCCUUCCCUGCUCUCCUCAAAUGCAUUUAUCCGCCACCAGUUUGCAUGUACUUGUAUUCAACACUUUUUAUGCUCCAUUAGAGCACCUAUAUGGAUCUCAGAAGGCACAGGUCAAGUCGCAGUUAGAUCAUACAUUUCUUUCUCACAAAAACCUGAAUUGCAAUGCCAAGUGAUGGGCUAACAUCACAAUAACAGCAAUUUAUUCCUCUUUUGAUAAAACAGCAGUCUAUUCUCAGUGUUGGAUAAAGACCAGGGGCAAUGCAAACCAGCCAUUUAUCCUAGUAUUUCAGUGGUAGAUCUCCUUUUAUGGAUUUUAUGGAUUUCACAUUGAGACUCUUACUGCAUGGGAUUUCUGCUAAGAAAUGAUAAGAAUUUAGAGGUGGCUGAGGUUUGUCUUAGACGGAGCUCUCAUUUCGAUCAGUAUGUGUUCUAUAGGAGUGUGUAUGUAUGUAUGUAUAUAUAUCUCAACAAGGUAUAUAUAUAUUCAAUAGGAAAUGUAAAAAUGGAUGCACAAAAAAUAGCCAAAGUAUGAAUCUUCUGUGUCUCUUCAAAAGUGCUUAAGAAUAGAACAGAUGGAUAAACUUGCCAACUUUUUUUCUGAUGACCCUGGAAAUUAUUGCUGUACUCUUUUUUCCCUCUGAGGAGAUAACAAGUAUAUCAAAAUGAACAACUAAUUAUUGUUGUUUGUUUCUUUUCCCUGCCUGUCAUGUCAGUACAAGCUGGUGUCUCAAAUGCAGCCUAUUAUCCCGUAAGGGUUUAAUUGAAGGGGUUUUAAGAACACGAUCCUGCAAACAUUUAUGCAUUGAGGCUGAAUGGUGACGCUAACUUGCUCAUGCAUAUAAUUGAUGAAAGGACUGGGGGGCCUAGACUGUAGCAUUCGCUGUUUACGAUCAUUGUGUAACAUCAACAUUUUGCUUCAUUUCUUCUUUUCAAUCCCCACCCUAAGAAAAAAUAACAGAGGUGGUAUUUUUUCAAACUUGUGUUUUAUUGUGGGGUGCGUCUUUUGAUUUUUCUUUCUUUUACCUUAGAUGAACUAUUUUCGACAAGCCUUUGAAUGCUGUUUCUACUUCUAGAAAUGUUAAUAAAGACCUUUUU